AUGAAGUAUUCGUGGAGCGCUGGAGCGCUUCUUGCGGCUGCCAGCUCAGUCGCGGUCCACGCAGUGACCUUUGAAGCCGGCAACUAUUAUGCGGAUCAGGUACAGGCUAUCGCUUACUCAAAUUUUGGAACUGCCGGCAGUUACAAGAAAGUCACCACAAUGUCAAAUGGAGUUUGCAACUUUGGUGACCAGCCGUACUCCGGUGGACUAGCUCCCUUCGAUAAAGAGAUUUCGUGGCAUUUUCGAGGACCUCUGAAGUUGAAGCAAUUUGCAUCAUAUUCUCCAGGAUCAGGCUCCUCGAAAAGAUCUCUUCAUCCUUCGCCACAUGAACGUCGACAUGCUCAUCAACAUCUUCAUCAACAAGUACAUGAAGCACGAGACACCCAGGACGACAUCAUCGAAGAAAAGCGUGGCCUGGGAGACUGGGUGACGGCGACUAUCAACGGCGAUGUCGUGUCCUGGAAGAACGAAUACGCGGGCGGAGCAGCACCAGCUGCUGCCACACCUGCUCCUGUACCUGCCAGUGGUAGUGUUCCACCUGCGUCGCCUGCAGGAAGCUACAGCGCCCCUGCCCCUGCCGCAAGUGUCAACACGGGAUCAGGAACUUGGGGACGACAAGCUUACUACAAUGCUGAGCAAGGUGUGGCAGAUGGUCUCGUGUUUCUCAACAACAUGGGCGGCCAGGGCUCCGGCGUUUUUGAUAUGACGUGGGGAAACUCACUUGCAUAUGCUGGCGCCAAUGCCAAGUCGGGAUCCGCCUCUCCAGUGACUCUGGCUGAUACUCUCAUCGAUGACAACAACGAGGUUAUUAUCUUCACGGACAAACCAUGCAAUGGUGAUUGCGGCGCUGUUAGAGAUGGCACUGUCGCUUAUCAUGGCUUCAGUGGCGCAUCAAAGCUUUUCCUGAUGGAAUUCUCUAUGCCACUGUCUGGAAAGACUGGCUUCAACGCAGACAUGCCCGCGGCAUGGAUUCUCAACGCCGAGGUUCCCCGAACAAUGCAGUACGGCGACUGCUCAUGCUGGCAAUCCGGAUGUGGUGAAAUGGAUGUUUUCGAAGUCUUGAACUCUGGCAACACCAAAGCCAUUUCCGCCUGGCACGGUUUGAAUUCCAAGGGCGAUUCCAACUGGUUCCAACGUCCUAUUGAUAAGACGAUGAAGGCAGUUGUUGUCCUCGAUGGAAGUUCUGGGACAGUGCAUAUCGUGGUUCUACCCGACAGCACAAACUUCGACACCAGCUUGACCGACUCAGCUGUGACGGGCUUCAUCAAUUCCGUGACGGACCCGAAGCUCAACAUCAAGGUUGCUCUGCCAUAA